CUCUGAUUUCCAGUUCCUGAAUGGCCGCGCAGGCCGCGAGUAGUGGAGUUGGCAAUUUGUUAUGGAAUUAUAAUAACGGAAGGUUAAGUUGCUGAUAAUGGACCAAGAACCUCAAGUGUUUACUUCAAAUAUAACACGAAGUUCAAAACCGUUGAAAAAUGAUCUCACUGAUCUCUUAAAAGUCAAUCCCGCUGAACCUAUUGAACAAAAAAAAUACGAGAAAAGGAAUACUUGCGAUUUUAUACCGAAGACUGGUAAAACUUAUGAACCAAAGAGAAAAUCAAAAUUUAAGGUUAGUACUGUGAGAGACGUUAGACACUUGUUUGAAAAGGAUGUCUACUCAACCUUACUGGUCGAUUUGGAGAAACAGCAAAAUGUUUUACUGCGAAAAAUUAAAGCUGGGUCCGCUAGAGAUGAAAAUACAAAAACGAUUACUAGAAAUAUCUUCAAAUCCGAUAAACCGGUGUCAAGAUCCGCGUGGCAAAUGUUAACAAAUCUAAACCCAGAAGAAUAUGCACACCCUACUCAGUUUGUUUUGUGGAACAGUAAACGCAUCCGAGUCAACGGAAGCAGGGGAGGAUCGUGUAAGUUCUUGUGUAAAUACGAUCUAGCAAUGAGACAAUUCCCGAAAAAAACAAAAUCCUCAUUAACACGGAAACAUGUGCUAAAGAGAAAAGGUUUACUGCAAAACUCUUUGAGUGUUAAUUUUAAACCUGGGCCACUUAGAAAAAAGAGUUUUCUUGAUCAUUCCUAUCAAAAAUAUCAUGUUGGCGGGAUAGAGUUACAGAAUUUACCAAAACCUGCUCUUGAGAUUAAUCCGACCGUGGGAAAAACCAUAGAUCCAACGAUAUCUCAUUUUCUCCAAAACAUGCGAGAGGAAGAUGGAACAAUAACUGAGAAAUGGGCUGAGUUUUCAGUUUCCGUUUUGGCUACGGUAAAAAAUGAAAUUGUAACUCAAAUCGAAAGUGAAUGUUGUGUAACAUUUGAUCUCAAUUAUAAAUGCGAUCAACAACGAAUAUUAAUGCGUCGUGAUUUAAAUAGUGAGUUUACGCCGUCACCGCUCGCUACGAUUAUAGACGAUAGUUAUUGUUACACACAUCAGGAUUCAGUUGUAACAUCUGAAAUUGAAGGUCUACUUGAUAAAAUUAUAGAUUCAGUAGAAAUCAGCUUAAAACAAGACAAUAUGUACACCGGUGAAGAUGAACCCCGAGAUGUAAAAUCAGAAGAAACUACAAACAUUACAACUGUUAUUCAACCUAAAGAAACCCGACUGAAACGCAAAUGUGGGGAACUAGAAAGACUAGAUGUAACCAUUAUAAGAUUAACAGAAAAUGUUGAUACAACUUCUCAUACGUGCCCCAAAGCGUGCUGUAGUAUGGGUUGUGUUUGCCCAUCAUUGGAAUGUAGCUAUAAUUUUAAAACACACUGUGGCCGAAUAGAAUGUAUGUUUGAAUGUAAAUGUGAUUUCUCAAAGUACAAAGUAGUUGAUUCAUUUGAACGUGAUUGUUCUAAUUUAUUGCCUGGUUUGCUCAAAUUAGACACUGAAAUGAGUUCAAACAUGGCUAAAGAAGAACAAAAGUUUCAUCACACUGUAAUUGUUACACCUGAAAACAGUAUGUUGUUAAAAUCUAAACGCAGAGAUUGGAAAUCUUCAAGAAAAUACGCAGAGUUCUUUAGUAACAUGUCCCUAAAAAAUGAGUACAAACCCGAAAAAGUAGCAGAACUUGUAAUCGAAAAACUUAAUUUGCCAAAUGUAGAACCGUGGUGUAUGGUUCAUGGUUUAUAUAAAUGUUUUUGUAAAUGCAUAUUUACUGAUAAUUCGCUCCCCGAAGUAAAAACCGACGAGGUUAAAGAAAUUAAUGUAGUCCACCAACACAAAGACAGCGUAGUUCUAACUGAUGAUGUGGAAAAACCUAACUUAAGAGGCAUUAGGGCGCGUAUGCCUUCUUAUAGAAAUAUAUAUGACAAAAAUCAUGUGAAAGACAAAACAAUUGAAAGCUUGGCAACAGAUUGCACUCAGCUAGUUUUGCCUCAUUACUAUUCUAGAAGCGCAAGAGUAAACUCCUAUACAGGCCGAAAAUUCUCAGAUGGAUAUUAUUUUAAUGCAAAUAGAAAAAUCUCGGAAAUGGAACAGCACGAUAAGUCACUUCGCAAACGAUUGGAAUACCUUUAUCAUGCCAGUACAAGUAACCAAGGACAGUUAAAUUCGAGUAAGGUUGUGGGAUCCGUACCAACUCUUUUGCCAACAAAAUCAGUACCUACUGGAUCUCUACCCCCCACCCUACCUCCAUUGCCACCACUAACAUCAGCCCCGACUAUUAAACCAGCCAAUGCAAAUGAAAAGGCCUUAAAUACAAAAAUAAACUUGUAUACAAACCGAUUGCCAGACAAGAAAAAAUUAGUGGCAUGGUUAGAGGUGAGUUACAAACAGUACAAACAACGCAUCAAUAGCGGAAUUGUGAAAAUUUCGCUAGAACCACCACAUCUUGGAAAAAUGGCUCUGUAUCCAUGGGAGUUCAUUUUAGGUAGAUACCGAGAUAAAAAAAAUCUGUUUUUGAUUACAACUAAACUGCCUUAUCGCCUAUUCAUGGCAGUGGAUCCCCGAAAUCCAUUCUUCAGGCAUUGCAUAAAUAUAAAUGAUAUCCGCUUUGCCGAUUUAUCCAAAUAUCCAGUGACUGUUAAAAAUUUGCUUGCGAAUGCAAAUGAUCUAAAAGACAACUUUUGCAUAUUAUGGGGCUUAUCACAUUGUUGGGAAUUAAUUGGUUCUGUCACUAAAGUGUGUAGUCCGGAAGAAGUCCAUGAAAGUAUCCAAGUGAGUGACGAAACUGAUGAGGAAUUAAAAAAUAACACUCCCGAGGCGUUGAGUGAUUACGUCCGCGAUGAUUCGGAAGAUUCUAACGCUACGAUUUUAUCACUCGGGCAAUAUCGUGAAGAAGAAAAUAUGAGCUCAGAUAAAACAAUUGACGAAGGUCAUGAUACGCUACCAGAUGACUCUUCUAGGUGGUUUGUGAUGACAGUAGAAAAUGACUUUGAGGAGAUUCAAUUCUACAAUAAAGGUUUUUUUGUGAAAUUGGAUAGUAUAAUUAAGGCAAUUGAUGUAGCACGUGCUUCAAAAAAAACAGUAAGGUUAUCUUCUCAAAAAUGCGCGGACAAUAGCACUGGCCCACAAUUUGGGAUUUAUGCUAUACCAAACGAAAAUGAGCCGUGCGUGUUUGUUGGCCCGUACGAAAAAGGCGAACCACUUGGUAUAGAAACUGUAAAAAAUAUGUCCGAUAUUCGCAAACAAAGGAGAACCAAAGGUGUAUGGAUUACAACGAAAAAACUCGAAAAUUUUAACGUUCUUGACAAUCCUUUGUCAUUCAUGCCACCAAGAAAUGGCCCAGACACCGAAAUGAUGACGCUUGCUGGAGAUUCUGUGGACACUGAUAAAGGUACUGAUAGUUUUGUAGAAAUGUCAAAAUGGGAUAAUAAACUCACAAGCCAAAAUGCAGAAAAACAAGGUUCGAAUGGAACUCAUAACUCAAAAAUCUUAAAACCUAUUAAAAUUUGCAAGACUAACAGUUUUUAUCAACUUGCGCCAAAUGGAACUCUAAAACAAAUAUCUCCGCAACACACUAAUGAACAGAGUCAAGUAUGUAUUCCUACUACGAUUCAACCAAGGGUGAUCAGCGCUCAAGUUUGUGCUCCUACUAAUAUUCAACCUAAGGUGAUAAACGCGUCCCUUUUAAAACGGUCUGACUCUGGCUACGCUCCUUUAUUAAAGACUUCUUCAAUACUGAAGAGUAUACCCAAACCUACUAUAUGUCAUCUCAAGAGAAAAAUUGUUACAAUUCACAAAAAACCGGUCGCUGAAAUUGCGCCUCAAGUAAAACAAUCCGAUAGUCCAAAGAUAGCAGUAGCACCAAGCGCAAAGGAUGAGUCUACAAAAAAAGAAAAAGGCAUGUUUAUUCUCAAACCCGAAGAAAUAAAUAAGAGACUAAUGCAGAGUCAAGUGCCUACGAAUUUAGAGCAUUUAAAUGCACACCAAUCUGGAUCUGAUACGGGGACAGACGCCGAAUUGGAAAUGGAUAUAGAAAAUUUUCUAGCUACUGCAGAAGAAUGUGAAGCUCCAAAUGAUGAUGUUUUAAUUAUUUCUGAUGAUGAAAUGGAUGGACGUGGUGGACAGACACUUUGGACAGACAUGUGGAUCGAAUGUAAAUCUAUUGAAGGCUUAGGUUGGGUACGAGGAAGAAAAAAUAAUCAAGGCUCCGUGAGUUUUGAGUUUCCUGGAUUCAACUACACAGAAUUCUACAAGCAAGAGGAAGCAUUCACUAAGCUCACUCAAGUUUUAUCGAGAAAAAUCUACAUACCUAAAUUUAUACAUUUGGAAUGGCAUAUAGUAGAAACAGAAAAGGACUUACGUGCCACGCAUAUGCUAACACAGGAGGAAUUGGGUCCUGAUUUUGUUAUGACUAAACGAGGCAUACAACACAAACAGGAACUGUUAAUCAGUAAGCUAUUAAAGAAAGAAAUCGCGGACGAUAGCGGAGACAGUAACCCGAGAACUGAGAGCGACGUUAGCGACGCUCCUGAUAACGAGGAAGAGCCCAUGGACAUCGCGAGCCUAGAAGCGGCGAGCCAACAAUUAGAACAGGAAGGCGAGGAAUUAUUAAAGACAUUCAAAACCAGCGCCAGCAACGCCGUAAUCGACCAAGGACUGAUGGAGCUGGACGGCAUGCGGGAAGAGAUCGCUGCGCGACUUCAGAGUAUGGUGGCUGACACUUGAGAGGAAAAUGGACGACAGCGCGCGAUCGCUUUGCCAUACAAACGUAAUCCACAUUUUCCUCUUUGAAUAUUGGCAUAAA